AUGUCUCUCGUUAUCGCCACUCGCGGUCCUCAGGCUCCCAAUCGCCUUAACAUCUGCGACUUCGUGAAGAACAUACAUCAAUUCUCUCUGUUUAUACAAGCGCUAACUCGGAUGAUGGAGAUGGACCCGGACGAUCCGAUGUCAUAUUACCAGCUCGCAGCUAUACAUGGUCGGCCCUAUAUUAGAUGGCCGGGUGAGGGUAAGGGUGCGGAGGAGGAGGAGGUGAAACAAGGCUACUGCUGUCACGGUUCUGUGAUUUUCCCCACUUGGCAUAGGCCUUACCUUUCCCUGUUUGAGCAAGAAAUCCAGAGACAGGCCCUCGAGAUAGCGAAUCUCUAUCACGGAGAUACAAAGAACCGCUGGAGAAUGGAAGCAAUACAACUCCGUUUACCUUACUGGGACUGGGCGUCCGAUGCAGUCCCACCUAAGGAGGUCAUUCUGGACAAGACGGUCGAGAUCAUAACGCCGGAGACGGAGAUCGCUGGGCAUAAAACUACUACCUCCAUGGUACCGAAUCCCUUUUUGAGCUUUACGUUCCCCAAGAGCAUCGAUCUCAGCAUAUUGGGGCCAAACUUUAUCAAAUGGCGCACGACUUUGCGUCAUCCCUUCCCUGUUGACUCUCCGCAGGCGAAGAGCGACGUUAAGGAUCUCGUUAGUACUCUACAGGCAGGCCGAAAGGAUCUUAAGGACAAGGUCUUCCAUAUGUUCCAAUUGGACGCUUGGCAUCAUUUUAGCCAUCAUCUCCACGACAAAGGCCACAACCAUAGCGCUAACAGUCUGGAGACCAUCCACGACACUAUUCAUAUCGUCGUCGGUGGUGUCGGUGGCCACAUGGCAGACACUGCUAUAGCUGGCUUUGAUCCACUAUUCUGGCUUCACCAUGUGAAUACCGAUCGCAUACUUCAGCUUUGGUCCUCUCUGCAUCCCGAGACCUGGGUCACAGAGGGGUUUUCCGAUAACGACGGAACUGUAGACAUUCCUCCUUGGACCGCCGUCAACGAUAAAACUCCACUCACUCCAUUUAUCAAAUCUUCCGAUGGUGUUACUCCGAACUAUUGGAUCUCUGCUGACACUCGUGAUACCGGUGCCUUCAACUAUUCGUAUCCGGAGUAUAACGACCUCGAUCUGGACAAUCCAGAUGAGGUGAAACACUAUAUUCGGGAGACCGUCGAUCGACUCUACGGCGAUCAACAGCAUGAACGCGACAGGUUCCACAAGCUCAGCUCAGAGGCUCACGGAAGCAGCGGCCAAGCUGACGCAGGAACUGUCUACAAGGACUGGACCGCCCACAUUACCGUCGAGAAGUAUGCCCUAGGAUCCUCGUUCUCGGUUCUCAUAUUUCUGGGUAACAACGAAAAUGACCCUGGGCAGUGGACCCGCCGAAGCACCACAUACGUAGGCGCGCACUCUGUGUUCGUCAGUUCCGACACGGCACAGUGCGUGAAUUGUACCAAUCAGCAGGAUGGGGCGGUGAUUUGCGAAGGGUUCGUGCACUUGACGAGCUCCAUCGUGACGUGGCUAGGGUCUCUCCACAGAGAUGAAGUGACGAAGUAUUUGAAGGAGAAUUUAGCGUGGAGAGUGGUAAAGGUAUGUUCCUCCCAUUUCGAAAAUAUGUGGCUGUCAUCGUAUCUCGAUAUCGGCACGAUUUCGAGGAAGCAUACGCUGAUAGUAAUUUAG